AUGGCAUCUGGUUCUGCCUCUCUUCUUAAUCUCGCUACCACCAUCUCUUCGUCUACCCUAAAUUUCCAAAUACCACCAAUUUCAAUCAAACUUGAUAGAAACAACUUCUCUCUCUUGCGUACAACCAUUAUUUCAGCCCUAGAGACAUUUGAUUUGGAGGAUUAUGCUCUUGAUCCUAAGCCUCCAUCAAAGACGAUCGAUAUUCCUGCAGUCGCCGCCGUUCCAGCUACUCCCACCACUCCUGCCAUCGCUGCUAUACCGGCGACAACUAGCCCAAAUCUAGAGUAUACUCUUUGGAAGAGAAGGGACAAAUUUGUUCUGUUAUGGCUCAAGUCCACAUUGGCGGAUCAUGCAGCGGCUUUGGUCGGUCGCACUAAGUCCUCCAGUGAAGCAUGGCGGAUGCUUGAAACUCUGUAUCAAGCCCAAUCUAGGGCAUGUCGAAUGCAAUUGAAGGUUCAAUUGCAAACUUUAGCAAAAGCUUCAAUGACUAUGCUCGAGUAUGUUGAACGAAAAAGGUCAAUCGCGGAUUCAUUGGUAGAAAAUCUUCAUCCCGUUCAUGAUGAAGACUUAAUUGGCUACAUUCUUGGUGGCUUGGAUGCCUCUUAUGGGGCUUUUGUGACAGCCUUUAUGAUGAAAACUGAAAGUCUAACAGUAAAUGAUCUUGUAGGUUUUCUUCUACAGGAGGAAGCAAGGCUAGAACAAGAACAUCUCUGA